GCACGGUGCAGUUCAUCUAUUGACUUCAUGCUGGUAUCUUUGAGAAGUGGAGAGAGAUAAAAUAUAGCUUUUAAAGAAUCAAAUACCUUCCGCUGUCUUCUUUAUUCAUUGCAAAGUGUCGCUUGGCACCUCUUUGAAUCGAUCAAACUCCACUCAUGAGUUAAGGAUGCGCAUUACAACGGUAUUACUUCCAGUCCUGGCAACUAUUAUUGCUCCUGUCCAAAAUGCGCGCAUCUUGGGAGUGUUCCCUUUUCCUGGAAGGAGCCACAUGAUCACCUUUUCGGCCCUAACCGAGGCGUUGGCGGAGCGGGGCCACGAGCUGGUGGUUGUCAGCACCUAUCCUUCCAAAAACCCGCCUGGGAAUUACACAGACAUCAAUACAUACCCUGAUUUGAAGGAAAUGUACAACGAGAUCAUGAACAAUGACCAAAUAUACAAUUUUGAGGACAUCCCGACGUUUCUACUGCCCCAUGUUUUUUACUGGACAGAGGGAACUAGAGCAGUCAAACUGACGUUUAAAAACAAAGACGUGAAAAGAUUACUCAAGGACGAUAGGGGCUUUGACUUGGUCAUUUCAGAGGACUUUGCCUGCGAUGCUGUCUUCGCCUUUAGCUAUUAUCUUAAAGCACCUUUGAUUCUCAUCUCUUCAUUUGGUGGAUUUCACUGGCAAAAUUACGCUUUUGGAAACCCAUACAACCCAUCAUACGCUGUAAAUAAUAUUUUGGAAUAUGGGGCCAAGAAGAACUUUCAGCAGCGCUUGAUGAAUACCUUAUUUACCUGGUACUGGGACAUUGCCAGUGAAAUCUUCUACUACCCAGCGCAGGAACGCUUGAAAGAAGAGUUUUUCGGUCCAGGACUCCCCUCUCUCAAAGAGCUGAGGAAGAGCGCCAGUCUGGGUUUCGUGAACAACCACUUUUCCCUCAGCUACCCGCGGCCUUUGGUGCCUGCCAUUGUUGAGGUCGGAGGGAUGCACGUGAAGGCCCCGAAGGAGAAUUUACCGGAAAAUUUUAAAAAGUGGUUGGAUGAAGCGAAAGACGGUGCUAUUUAUUUUUCGCUUGGAUCGAAUCUAAGGGCAGAAUUGAUGCCUGAGUCGAUGAGAAAAGCGCUUUUGGAUGCUUUCGCGCAGCUUCCUCAACGUGUUCUGUGGAAGUACGAGUCAGAGGAACUCCCUGGAAAGCCUGACAAUGUGAUGAUCAGCCCUUGGGUACCGCAAAUGGAAGUUUUGGCCCAUCCCAACGUGAAAUUAUUCAUAACGCACGGCGGCCUUCUCAGUGGCCAGGAAGCGAUGUACAACGGAUUGCCUGUGGUUGGAAUCCCCGUAUUUGGAGACCAAAAGAUGAAUGUUCAAAGAUCUGUGGAUUUGGGCUAUGGAGUAAUGCUUAGCUUGAAAAAUAUCACAAAGGAAAGCGUGUUAAAGGCUAUCAACAAAGGACUUCACUGUCCAAAAAUCAGAGCUGAAAUAAAGAGAAGGCAGAGAGUGUUUCUAGAUCAGCCAGAAAGUCCACUUGAGAGGGCAGUGUUUUGGACUGAGUAUGUGAUUAGGCAUGAAGGAGCGGCGCACUUAAGGUCGGCCGCUCUCGAUUUAAGUUGGUACCAAUUGGAGCUGCUAGACGUCUAUGGAUUUUUAAUAGCUGUCUUUCUCGCCACUUGCUAUGUUUUUAUUGUGAUUUUGAAAUUCUUUUGUAGAAUGUGCUCAAGAAAGCAAGAGAACAAAACCAAGGAAAAACAGAAAAAGAAUUAAAGCGUAAAAAUGAAUUAAAAUCA